AUGAACAUUGAGAAGUCUGCCCAGUCUGUAGCGCACACUCCUGCACCCGAACCACAGAAGCCGUCCCCACCCCUUCUGAUCUUCGUUCUCGGCCCUCCCUGUGCCGGCAAGUCGACGAUAUGCACCAUUCUAGCCAAACACUUCAACCUAGACCACUUCUCCCUCGGCAAUGAACUCCGUAAUCUGGUCUCCUCAAACUCGACUGGCCAUCCCGCUCGCAUAAAAUGCAAGCUGUCGGUAGAGGAGCUGGGAGAUCUCGCCAAGAACGUCAAAGCAGGAACACUGGCGCCGUCCAACAGAACACCAAAGUAUGUCCGGGAGCGCAUCUUUCCUGAUGGUGUCGUUCCGCCAAACGUACGAAUCCUGAUCGACGGCUUUCCUAGGGGAGUAGAUCGGUGGGAGACUUUCAAGGAGAGUGUCAAAGACAUAUGGCAGCCCGACGGCAAUACCUGGGUACUGGCAUUGUGUACUGAUCGGGAAGUGGCAAGAGAAAGGGCAGGCGAUGUCUUCGAUAAGCGAUAUGACAGUCAUGAGGAUUCUGUCGGCGACAUCAUCGCUGCGAUGAAGCAGGAUGGGAUGAAUGUCAUUGAGUGUGAGACUGGGCUGGGCUUUGAUCCGCAAGACAUAGUCGGGAUCGUUGAGAGCAUCUCACAUUUGGUGGAGGGCAAUCAGGCAUAA